UGGGGAAUGGAGGAGGCAGCUGCAGGUGAAUUCAAUAUGGCAUCAGAGACCACAAAAAAAGACCUGCUAAAAGCUGAGGAACAUCAGCAAGCGAGUGCUGUCAAUCGGGUAACCAGCUUGCCCUUGUUCAACUCUGCAUUCAACCUGGUCUCAUCUGCCUACAACUAUACCAAGGAGACUCAUCCUUACCUCAGUGGUGUCUGCAAUGUGGCUGAGACUGUGGCUGCUGUCGCAGUAGGUAGCGUGGUUGGUGGGGCACAGCCCAUCCUGAACCAACUUGAGCCCCAAAUUGCACUUGUAAAUGAAUAUGCCUGUAAAGGGCUGGAUCAGCUGGAGGAGAACUUGCCUUUUCUUCAACAGCCAGCAGAUAAGGUAAUCUCAGACACCAAGCAGCUGGUUUCCACCAAAGUGACAUCUGCUGUGGGUGCUGCCUGUGAGGCAAAAGAAGCAAUGGCUGAUAAAGUGACUGAAGCUGUGGACCUCACUAAAAAUGUUGUUGGGGACAGUGUCAAGCUGACCAGGUCAGUGGUCACCUCCACUGUUAACAGUGCUGUGGAAGCUGCCCAGGGUGCCAAGGACCUCGUGACUAACAAAGUGACCGAAGCUGUAGACCUCACUAAACACAUGGUAGAAGACAGCGUUGGACUGACCAAGUCCACAGUUGCUUCUACUAUUGUCAGUGCUGUGGAAGCUGCCCAGGGAGCCAAGGACCUUGUGACUAACAAGGUGACAGAGGCAGUGGACCUCAGUAAACAUAUCGUGGAAGACAGUGUUGGAUUGACCAAGUCUGCUGUUGCUUCUACUAUUGUCAAUGCUGUAGAAGCUGCCCAGGGAGCCAAGGACCUUGUGACCAACAAGGUGACAGAGGCAGUGGACCUCAGUAAACACAUCGUGGAAGACAGUGUUGGAUUGACCAAGUCUGCUGUUGCUUCUUCUAUUGUCAGUGCUGUGGAAGCUGCCCAGGGAGCCAAGGACCUUGUGACCAACAAGGUGACAGAGGCAGUGGACCUCACUAAACACAUCGUGGAAGACAGUGUUGGACUGACCAAGUCUGCUGUUGCUUCUACUAUUACUGCUGCUGUAGGGGCUGCCCAGGGUGCCAAGGACCUUGUGACCAACACAGUAACUGAAGCAAUGGACCUAACCAAAGGGGCUGUCCAGGAUGGUGUCGAGAAGACCAAAUUAAUGGUCACUUCUACAGUCAAUACAGCUCUGGAUGCUGCAUAUGGCACCCUAACUAGCAAAAUAAAUACAGCCUUGGAGCAGAGCAGAGAGGCUAUCCAGGAGGGUGUGGAGAAGACUAAUUCUGUGGUGACCAACAGCAUAAGCAAAGCCAAGGCAGUGAGCCAAGCAGUGGCAGGUGGUGUGGAAUCUGUCCUGGAUAUAUCAGAAGAUCUGGUGGAUCACUACCUCCCCCUGACAGAGGAGGAGCUAGGUAAACUUGCUACCACUGUCGAGGGAUUUGGUAUGGCUUCUGUGGAGGAUCAGAAACAGCAACAGAGGUACUUUGUGCGUCUGGGUUCCCUCUCUAACAAAGUCCGCCGCCGAGCCUACCAGCACUCCCUGAAGAAACUGCAGUGCAUUAAGCAAAGCACCCAGGAUACUCUCUCACGACUACAGAUGGCAAUAAAACUGAUUGAAUCUGUGAAACAGGAGGUUGGCCAGAAGCUUCUGGAUGGGCAGGAGAAGCUCCACCAGCUGUGGGUGGACUGGAGCCUGACCCAGCCCAAAGGAAACCAAGUGAAAACUGCCUCCCAACCAGAGCAGGUAGAGUCGCGGACUCUAGCUAUGCUGCGUAUCAUCACCCAGCAGCUACAGCCUGUUUAUGAGAAUCUGAAAGCCAGCAUCCAAGGCCUUCCCAGCAACAUCCAAGAAGCUGUGUAUCAGGCCACCCGAAGCAUCCACAAGCUCCAUAGUUCUUUUUCUAGUGCUAUGUCUUUCCAGGACCUCUCCAGCACCACCUUGACCCAGAGCCAGGACUGUGUGGCAGAAGCCCGAAGGUCCCUAGAUGACCUGUUUGAGCAUGUAACUCAGAACACCCCUCUGAACUGGCUUGUGGGUCCCUUCAGGGCGAUAGCUAAAGUGUCACAGGAUAGCAGAAAGCAGAAGAAAGAUACAGUGACUGAUACAAAAUCACCUGUAUUGGAAAAGGCUACAUCGAAGGAGAUGGCUAAAACACCUAAAGAACCAAAGGGAGCAAACAGGAUCCCAGGUGAAGGGUGUGAAGUGCUAGAGAAACCAGAAGAGAAGGCAGAAAAAGACAGAGGUGGCACUGGCUGCAAAGGAGAUAAAAACUAAUACACCAGAGCAAGAUCUCAUAAAAAUUCCAGCUCUUCUGGCCAAUGUUCCCUGGCUAGAACAGCACUUUAUCUUUUAAUCAUAUGUCCAACUGCCAGCCGUGCCGAGAGUGCCUCUUGCUCUCUCCCCGUCCCAGGCUGAGUUUAAGAAGUAGUUUGCAAGGAGACUUGAUAACCAAGGUGGGGUGAUUCCAUAUCUUGAUUUACUGUUUUUUAAAUGAUGCUGCUGCACUAAAAGGGAAAAUGGGAACCUGUACUUCAGCUUUUUAAGUCGGCCCAGCUGUAUGUGUAAAUGGCUAAUUCUUGCUGAGACAUGUUGUGGGACAGAAGUAGCUUCAACUUUAUUUUUAAUAUUGGUUUUGGUUUUAAUUAAUCCAAGCUGUAGAGAGCUUGAGAGGGUGAUGCACUUGACCUUUGAUAUGAUUUCUUUCCUCCUACAAGUUUAAAAAUGUAUUACAGACAUAACUUCCUUUCUGCCUGUUGUGCUUCCGGGGAGGCUCAGCCCUGCAGCAGACCAGAAACAGCUGGGGGCAAGAGGCUGCUGUCUAAAGAGACUUCAGACAAACACUUUUUCUUUCAUAGAGAAACACUUAGCAAGGUGGGAUUUUCUUUUAUGCAUGCCAGUUUUCAGUGGGAUUCUGUCCUACUCAUAUAAUUGACUUCAGUUAUCUUCUGUUUGUGUCUAACUCUGUGCAUGAAGCGUUUUACAGCCAUUAAGAAGCUGGCAAAGGCAGUGGCUUUUCCCAGGAGUUACUCUGCCAUGCUAAUAGGAUAUUCUGUUAUUAAAAUAGGGGAGAUGUUUGCUGGGAAAAUAACCAAAACCUACUGCUUUGUAAUAAUUUCUAAUGUAACUUAUUUUUAGUAACUUAUGCCCUGUGCUAAGGCUGGAAUGGUAAGCAGACUUCAGAAUAAAGUGUGACCUGUGUUCAAA